AUGAAUCUUGUUGGAAGUUGGAAAGUUGGCCCUUUAGAUGGUCGACACAUUUUAAUUCAGCUUUCGAGUGAAAAAGAUUAUGAUAGAAUUUUUGUGAUGCAUUUUAUGCGGUUUGAUGAUAUUCUUAUGACGAUUCUUAAGUGGUCAGUUGAUUUUGAUGCGAAGGCUGAGCUCCUUAUUAUCCCUGUAUGGCUCCGUUUAUCGGGAUUGAAAGUUCAUCUUUUUAAUCAUGAAAUUUUGUUCUCUAUUGCUGCGAUGUUUGACAAACCGUUAAAAUUAGAUGCUCCUACUUUUAAUUUAUCUAGACCAUCCAUGGCUAGAAUUUUGAUUGAGUGUGAUCUAACUUUGCCUCCCCCUGAGGAGGUCUGGAUUGGAUCAGCCCACAACGGUUAUUGGCAGCAGGUACAGUUGGAACAACACCCUCGUUACUGUGGUCAUUGUAGAAUGUUUGGUCAUGAUUCAGUUCAGUGUUUCCAUCUUUACCCGGAAUUGCAGAAAAGGAAUGGUGGGCAAAAUCAACAGAAUCAUUCUGUCGAAAAGACUAAACCAACCUCUUUGUUGGCUGACUCUGUGGAGACUACGGUUGUGCCUAAUGGGGGUGCUUUGAAUGUUAGGGGUAUGGACAUUACUGUGACAUCCACUAAUUUUAUUAUGAAUGAUGGUGUUGAGGGUCCUCGACAUUUGGAGGAUUUUCGAGCUGCUGAUACUCUUACAAUUAAUGAUAAUUAUGCUCCUUUAAAGAAUGAUUUACAAGGGUGUCAUGGUAGUUCGGUCCAUAUGGAUGCUAAUGUUGAGACUCAAUCUUCACAUGGAAAUAUAUAUGCUAUUGCUCUAGUUAAUAUUGUUUCUACUCUCUCUAGCACUUCUGGUUAUAUGGAAAAUUUGGUGUCAUAG